UAUUUCGGGAGUUUGACAUGCUGAGUGCCAUACUGAAACAAGUGAAAAGCCACCCGGCUUUGAUUCCUCUCUUCAUCUUCAUCGGUGGUGGAGCGGCCAUGUCUAUACUUUACCUGGGCCGCCUUGCGCUAAAGAACCCUGACUGCUCAUGGGAUCGCAAGAACAACCCAGAGCCUUGGAACAAACUGGGGCCAAAUGACCAGUACAAGCUCUUCACUGUCAACAUGGACUACUCUAAACUGAAGAAGGACAGGCCUGACUUCUGAGCAGAGCCCAGUGAAUCAGCUGGGUGUGUUAAACGCUGCACUUUCAAGCCUAACACGUCAUCAGAUACCUGAUCUUAUCUGUGAAUGUGAAUCUCCAUUUUAAAUUAUUAAAGAAACUGAAAGGGAGCACAUACACAAGCUGUAUGAUCUAAAUGUCUUGACAGGAACAAUAUUUUGUACAGAUACAAAUACUGAAACAUCAAGGGAAAUUGCAUCAUCAAACCUGUAUCAAUAUCAUCUGUGCUGAUCUUACUGUUAUCCAAAUAAACAUGACAGACAGCAAUAA